UCAUAUACUCCCGAACCGUUCGUUUCAAUUGAAGAGCAGCAUUGCAGUUUAUUUAUUUAACAGAAAAAAAAUAUUUGUGGAAGGGAAGAAGCAUAAAGGGGCCACCCCCACCAAACAGGUUUUAUUCAAUUAACCAUAAAUAAAUUAUUUACAAGUCACAAGAGUAAAAACAACUUGUUGUUAUUGUUGUCUUCGGACAACGGCAACCACGAACCAAACGAAAAAUCAGUCUUUACUAAAACUUUCAACCAGCAAAACAACGACGUAGAAGUGCGACGGGUGUUUGAGAAUUGUCGAAAAAAAUUAAAACGAAAAUGGUAACACGUACUAGUGGGACCUCCACCACGGCCAUUGUCUGGUUGGUGUUAAGUGCCUUAUUGGUGCUUUCACCCCUGAGUGAGGCUAAGCGAGCAUUGGGUGGUGGUGGUCGUAAGACAUCAUCGGGUGGAGGUCACACCACCCGAAGACAGCCGGAUACACAUGUCACCAAACCCACAUAUUCCAUUAGUAGUGGUAAUUCUCAUGCGGACCAGGCGAAACUAAGUUACCCCAACUACAAUGCACAACCCAAUCGUCCGGCUAGUGCUCCAUCGUCAUCCAAUUCCCAGCCAAUUGGUUGGAAUGUGCCCAACAAUCAACAUGGUGCUGCUGGACCACCGCCAGCUUAUUCGCCCAGUAACGUAGCCGGAGGAGCCAAGACCAAUCUCCAUGAACCACCACCGGCAUAUCAGAAACCCAAUUAUGGGGCACCACCACCAAAUUACAAUCAGGCCACUGGUACCCAUUACGGUUCAGCUUCAUAUCCCCAACAACAGUUACCGGCUGGUGCCACCUAUCACAGUCCCAAUAAUUUGCCACCAGGAGCCACUCUGUACAAUAGUCCUUCACACGUUCCCGGCGGUUAUCCCAUGGCUGGAGGUUAUCCAAUGGGUGGUGGUUAUCAUGCCCCCGGAGGUGGUGGUGGUGGUUAUUAUCCUGCUAAUUCUGUUCCAGCUGGUGCUAGUUAUUUCCCGGCUGGUGGUCAAUUGCCACCCGGUGCUGUGCUCUAUUCAUCGCCACCACAACAAACAUCAUCUGGUUUAGGUUUUGGUUCCGGUCUAGCUGCCGGUGCAAUUGGAGGUGCCAUUUUGGGUCAUGUCCUGACUCCAACCCAAACUAAGGUUGUGGAACAGGCUCCUGCUGCUGGUAAUGCUGCCGGUGGGGGUGAUCGUGUCAUCAUUAUCAACAAUACAGGACAACCCAUUAAUGCCACGGAUGCCAAUGGGGCCACCAUCAUAAAUGCUGGCGGUACACCAGCUCCAGCCACAAGUGGUGAUGCUGCUGCUGCUGCCGCCGCUGCACCAAUGGCUCCCUUGGCACCUUUGGUUCCAAUGACCGCUGGAGAUAUGAAUAAUACAACUGUUGCCCCCAUGCCUGCUGAUAUGACAAAUGCCACAAAUCCCGAACAAGCUGCUCCUCCCGCCCCGGGUGGCAUUAUUUGUGUUCCGGUUCGUGUGAAUGCCACCGAUCCCAAUGAUGCCAGCAAAAUGAUGGAGGUGGAACAAAUUGCCUGCUAUCCUGCACCGCCACCAGCAGCAGCACCAGCAGCCGACGGAUCCAUGGAUCCUGCUGCUCCACCACCACCACCAGCCGAGGGUUCAGCUCCUCUGGCUCCCAUGCAGCCAGUACCCGCUGGCGGAUCACAACAAUUGCAACAAUCCACCUUGGUGGGUGAACAAAAUGCCAAACCGGCCGUUUCUGGAGCCAAACGUGAACAGCAGCAAGGUCUCUUGGGCCUCAUAGUGUGCUUUGUGGUUAGCUAUUUGCUUGUCCAUUAAGUCGAUUCCCGAAAUUUGUUUUUGAAUCUCCUUACCUUACCAAGUUGUUAUAAAUUUUGUUAAUCUAAGAAUCUCGAACGAAUCUUGUCCCAAAAAGAACAAAACAAUGAAAUAAUUAAUUAAAAUUUGUGUAAGUACUGCACUCCUAUUGCCCCUUUGCUUCCAUGGCUAUGGUUGCUGAUUAGUAUUCAAUGCAGACAGUUUUAAAACUUGUCUAUAAUAACUAAAUAACGUCAUGGUAGUAACCUUGAAUAUUUAAUGAAUCAAAUUUGCUUAACAUUUGCAGAACGACGGUAUAUACCUCAAUUGAAGAAGCUUUAAAUGUAAUUAAAAAAAUAUAGUUUUUGUUUAUGAUUUACAAACAGAUAACCCCAAUGUCCUUAAAUAAAUAUUUGUAUUAACAAUUAAUAAACUUCCUUUUAAUUACACAAAAAAAAAA